UUUCAGAUUUCCGAUUCUCGAAGCUUUACUAACAUCUCCACCACUAACCAAGCCUCAACAUGCCAUCAAAGAAGAACAAAAAGGCCGCUGCAGCUGAACGAUCAGCAACACUUUCUGCUUCUGCAUCUCAACAAGUUGCAAAGGACGAGCAAUCAGCUCCAGUAGUUCCAACUCCUGAAUUGUCUCGUGUCUCUGUUUCCUCCAAUCCUCCGACUCCUUCUGCAAUUGAAAAACCUGUCCCUCUUCCUGUUCCAUCGAAACCAUUGUUCGAGUACGAACCUCCAGCACAACUGGAAGCUUUGGCUAAGAAUAAGCCUGUGAAAGUGACAACCAACUCAUACGAACUUGAGUUGAAGCCAACUCCUGUUUUUCGUUACGACGUCAGUGUUCUGAAGAGCUUUGACGAUUCAACCAGGGAUCCAAUUGAGCUUGCUGGCUCGAAAGGCGGCGAUCGUCAGCGGCAAGCUGACUUGACGGAAAUCGUGAAAGUUGCUCUCACAUUGGAAGGCCUUGGAAAUCUGAACAUCUUCUACGAUGGCGCAGCGAUGCUUUUCACAACUCAGAAAUUCGAAACAAAAACGGAAAAGCAGCAAGCAAUUUUCAUGCCAAUUCCGUCUGAUCAUCCAAAGCUCUCAACAUCUCUCAAAGAAAGCCAAUUCGGAAGAGCUUCCGGAAAGUUCCACGUGUCCAUCGAGUUGAACUCGAAACAAUCGGAACUAAAUACAAUCGAUCUUCUCAAUGAACGUCUGGAUUCAGCAGCUUGUCCAGUCACUCAGAUGGCUCAAAUCGCUCUGAGUGCAGAGGCCAAACAAAAUGGCUUCAUCAUUUUGGAUGGAGGACAUGAACUCUUCGAUCAGAAGAAUACAAGAAGAACAAUUGGAAAAGAUGGAGUUGAGGAUAUGGAUGGAGUGGCUGCCAGUAUAAAAAUGGCUCAAGGAAAUAAGAAAACUGGAUCUGCACACUUGGUCAUGGACUACAAAAAGAAGCAGUUCUUCAAGACUGGUCCAUUGAAGGAUUUGAUAAAAGGAAUCAAUCCAAAUCAGCUCCGUUCAUAUCUCAAAGGUCUUCGUGUCCACACUACAUACUCUCAUCAAUCAAUCUUCAUUGAUGGAAUUUCCAAUGUCCCAAUCGGAGAAAUUAAACUUCCCGAUGGUACUCCUCUUCUUGAUGAUUGUGCUCGAGUUUCCGGAAAGCCCAAGAGCUUUUUUGAUGCUUCCAAGCCUGCGGUUCAAGUUAACCAGUACAACAAACGGGAAGGUAGACGUAUGGUUUAUAGCUUCCCUAUCGAGAAUUUACUGGUAAAACCAAACCAGAAACUGACUCAGAACCAUGGAGAACCACCGAGAAGCAUCAAGCCGGAGCUGAGAUUUGAUCUCAUAAGAAAGGUUGGAGAGUCUGCAAAGCUUCUCUCUCCAAAUCAGACACUGAAAUCAAUUGGUAUUGCGAUCAAUCCAGAACCGAUCGUUGUUGAAGCUAUGACUGUGCCAAAGCCAACCAUUCUAUACAAAGACGGAGCAUUUACUUCUCCAGAUCUGUUAAACAGAACAUCAUGGGACGUUCAAGCACGUAACCACCAAUCUCUAAAAGGCGGAUUUGUGGAACCCAUGAAGAUCAACAAGAUCUUGAUUCUGUAUAAUAGUCAAUCCUACAGUCAAGCAAGUCCAAAAGAAGCAGUUGUCGAACUGCAAUCAAUUCUCAGCAAAAAAGCCAAAGAUGUUGGAAUGACAAUUGGGCAAAUUGAUGUGGAAGAUCUCAAUGAUCCGGAUAUCAUCGGAGCAAUUGAAAACAAAAUGACCAUUCUAAAAACGAGCCAAGUCAAGCCAAUUGUGAUCUACGCCGAUCAUACUAGUGAGGGUACCCACAGCACUUUGAAGCUUCAGGAACGAUUGUGUGAGGUCAUAACUCAACAAGUCGCUUUAGACAAAUCAUUGAAAAGAACACCUGGAAAAGUGACAGCAAACAACUUGUUGAUGAAGCUCAAUCUGAAGUAUGGUGGCGUGAAUCACAAAGUGCGAGUGGACAAUAGCAUUUCUCAUCUCUGGGGAGACACUUCAAACACACUCAUCAUCUCAUAUGAUGUGUGCCAUUCUUCUGGAAAAGUGUACAAGAAGGAUGAGAUUUGUGACGAGCCAAGCUGCGUUGGUUUUGGAUUCAAUGGAACCGCUUGCCCCGAAGCAUUCAUUGGAGAUUUCCAUUACCAGCUCCCACGUCACGAACAAGUUGAUGAACAUCUUCUGAAAUUGAGAGCCAGAUUCAUGCUCAAUCACUAUAUUACAUCUCGUAAGAAGUAUCCCCAACAAGUGGUCAUUUUGCGCGACGGAGUCUCUGAAGGACAACACAAAAUGGUCAGAAACGAAGAGUUCCAGGCGAUUAAACAGAGCAUCAUGAAUGUUUUCAAUGAAAAGAAGGCAAAGGCUCCGUCUUUUGCUCUUCUCGUUGUCACUAAGCGUCAUGCCAAUCGGCUUUUGAUUAAAGAUCAGAAUGGAUAUACGAAUGUCCCACCGUUGACGGCAAUUGACCAAACAAUUGUGAAGAAGCAAGGAAAUGAAGUCAUCUUUGUGUCCCAUUGUCCACUCAAUGGUACCGCCCAACCAAUUGUAAUCAAUACAUUGGUCAACGAUGGAAUUUUCAAGACCAAUGAUCAAUUGGUCCAGUUCAUCACAGCACUUUGCUGUGCUCAUCAGAAGUCUACAAACAUAGUGUCUCUCCCAGAGAGUAUCUACGCAGCUGACGAAUACGCCAAAAGAGGAGCCGAUUUGUUCCAGUCGUAUAAACUGAAGCAUCGAGAUCUUCCAACGACUACGAUCGACGACUCGACCCAGCUCGACUACGAAAAAAUCACCCUAAUUCUCUGCUUCCAAACGAGCUCUUUCAAAAAUAAGAGAAUUGCUUAAAUUAACGUUUUAAACUUCUAUACAGCUUCCAUGUACUCAAACAAUUUUGAAUGUAUUACUUUGUCACUCAUUACUCUACUUUCCGGUUUAAUUUUAAAACGGAAAUAAUUAUGUUUAGUUGUGAACUAAACUCUGUGCUUAAAGACAAUAAAACUUUUUUAUGAGGACAAAAUAAAGUUUUGAAAGUUAGAAUU